AUGCCUUCUGAACCCAAACCCUCCAACGCGGGCAUCGUGACCGACGAUGCAGGCGAACGCCAGAUUCCCGAAUCCGUGCGAGCCGACGGUAGCACCCGCAAAGCAAUCAAGAUCCGCCCCGGUUACCGCCCACCUGAGGAUGUUGAGGUCUACAAGAACCGCACUGCCGCAGCUUUCCGUGACCGCGGAACGAGGACCGGCAUCCCUGGUGCGGCCGGCCUGAAAGACGACAAGCCUGAGGCGUCAUCUUCAGCUGCUAGCAAUAAGAACGCCAAGCGUCGAGAGGCAAGAAGGAAGGCCAAGGCCGGCACCGAAGACGAAGCCGACGACCAGAAGGCCAAGACUGUCGAUGAGGCACCCAAGGCCGAGGAGGCUGAUCCUGAGGUGGAGCGAGAGAAGAAGGCCCGCAACAUAAAGAAAAAGCUCAAGCAGGCGAAAGACCUCAAGAAUAAGAAGGAAGGAGGAGAGACGCUUCUGCCCGAGCAAAUUGCCAAGGUCAUCAAGAUCAACGAGCUUAUUCGCGAGCUGGACGCUCUCGGAUUCGACGCUGAUGGCGAGCCGAAGGCGAAGACAAAUGCGGGAGAUUCGGCGGCCGACGACAACGCAAAGGACGCAUGA